AUGUCAACUACUACCCGGGUCGAAGAGGUGUAUCAGGAGGCUGGUCUUGUGGCUAUGGAGCAGUAUCACAUCAGAGCUAUCGUAUCUGAAAAGACUCGUUUUGAUCUGAAAGUGCUAGGUGACAGACUGCUUCAGCGAACUCGGGUGAACUACGAAGACUCGGUAGACAUAUACCACCCAGUUUGUGUGGAUCAAAAGGCAAAUCCCGAGUGGAACCAAGAUCAUUUCUGCUGGGAGUCCAAGGGGAAGUGCGCCCAAGAUUACAAAGAAGUAGAGACCAAGCUCCUGAAAGAGCUAGACCAGUCUCGACGAGAGUCUUUCUGCGAAGUUGGUGUGUCACUGUUCAUGAUAGGGAAGACGCCACGAAAGGCAAAGCCUGUGAUCAUAAUUUCCAGUCAGGACCAACGAUCACGCCAGGAAGCCAAAAAGGCUAUUACUAGGAGCGGUAUUUUGGCAGAUCUGGACUUCGAGCUUGGUGUUCUCAAGUACCUUCCAUCAGGUCCCAUUCACCCUAUCGCCGGAUUACCUAGCGAAGCAAGUUGGGAUUCUACAUCAGAAUCUGGAGGAUGGGAUUCAGACACUUGGGAAACGGCGAAACCAGCUCUAUCUCAUCAGUCGGCUACACCUCUCCCCUUACCCGCUUACUACGAUCCCAAACAACGGCUGCGCAUAACAGGCAUGCCACUAUACGUCAAGACAACAGACAACCAGUCAAGAAUGGGAACAGCCAAUGUCGUUCAUAACGGUUCUACAUACGGGUAUAUCACUGCCGCCCAUAUUUUCAGUUCUUUGCGUCACGCUCCUCCUUCGAUCGAUAAUGGUGAAGAGGAUCUCGGUGUGCCAUUCGAUAGUGAUAGCGACGAUGAAGACAAUUCUGAAGCAAAGCAGUUAUGUACUGGAAGCCCGAUCUCGAAUCCAACAAAAGCAACAGAAUCACAAAUCCCAGACCACCAGGAAACUAAAUUGUCGAGACUCAAUAGGUCUAAGAUGCCAAGCGAUUCUUCCGAGGCAACAAGCAUUCCGCCACCUAAUCUUGCCUUACUUGGACAUCUAGCUCCUGAGGAGUCUGAGUUGUCUAUAGACUACGCGAUCAUCGCCAUCGAAAACACUGAACUCGUUCAACAGCUGGAGCAUUUUAGUGUUUCUGAAGGAAUGCAAAGCGCAAGAGCAUCGGCAGCCGCACCCAAGCCGUCGCAGGCUACAGCAUGGACGACUCACGGUCCAAUACAUGGUACACUGACCAGUGUACCAACAUUGAUGCGUUUAUCGGGCAGCAGAUCGUUCCAGCCCGUAUUCGCUUUUGCUUACGAAGGAACAAUCGAGUAUGGUGACAGUGGGUCUCUGGUACUCGAUACGGCCAGCAAAGAGCUUUGCGGUAUGGUUGUUGCUGCUUCAGAUCGACGAUCUCUAGCGUACAUUGUCUCAGCAGAACGCAUGUUGAAAGAUAUUGCGAAACGCGGAUGGAGUCUGCUGAGCGUCGAUGAUGCGUAUAUGGAGUCUGGCGAAAGCUACGACCAGGAGGUGGACGUCAAGACAACCCAAAGUACACAAGCGCUGUUGCCGGUAACGGAGACCUCUCAAGCAGAGUCAUCGUCAAAGAACAUCCCCCAAGCCACGUCCUUAUCAGCAGAGGUUACCGAUUCAAACACAUCGUACUCGGACGUAUCGACCUCCUACUGGAUCUGGAGCGAGCCACACAAAGACCACUACUAUGUUACAGUCGACCAAUACAACCAAGUGUUCUAUCACUUCUACAAGCAAAACCAAAGCCAGAGCGAAAGCCAAAGCCAGAGCCAGUCCCGUAUCAGGAUGGACUCAGGCAACCAAUGCGGCGACAGCUCAAACGUGGCCCAAAUGCCUGACCCAGCUCCACAGGAUGUGCGUGCGUUGCGAGGCUUCAUUCAAGGCACGCCGCACACUGGAUGGUACGAUCUUCUGGAUUCAAGCUACCGUGUGAGGACUUCUACUGAAGCCCGGGAUUUCUUCGCACUCGGUAGAGUUUUCGCUAUGCUGUACUGUGAAACUGCCAGCGAUGUUUCCCGCACGCAGCCAGACGACGACGCAUACACGGUCGUUCGCUUCAACGAAAGGGAACGUACCAACAUUCGUCGCUUCGUGGUGGUCGAGGUUAAACGUGGCUUUGUGUACGCUUGCGGUAUUGGGACUUACUCUGGUCGUGGCACCCUCAAAGAUGGCUGCAACCCGGUCGAACAUGCGAUCCUCUACCUUUCUGGAACAGACCCAGCUUCCUGUUAUCUACCUGGAGAGUACGAGAGUGGGAUGUGGAAGGACCCCAUCGAAGUUGAAGCGGUCGACUCUUCGAUUGCGAUACGACGAGAGACGCGCAUACGAUUUGGUAAGACAUACCCGAUCGAGAUGAACGUCAAAGUGAAGGAUGUUGGGAGGGUAAAGCCACACCACCUGAGCAAACUCCUACAGUAUUGGACCGACGAGGAUUAUGCCAAGGGCUAA